CGGCGGCGCGAGCAGCAGCGGCGGCGGCGGCGGCGGCGGCGGCGGUUCCAGCAUGAAGAGGAGAGCUGGCCUGGGGGGCAGCGUGAGGUCAGUGGUGGGCUUCUUGUCCCAGCGGGGCUUGCAUGGGGACCCCCUGCUCACUCAGGACUUUCAGAGGAGACGCCUGCGGGGCUGCAGAAACCUCUACAAGAAGGACCUGCUCGGCCACUUCGGCUGUGUCAAUGCCAUUGAAUUCUCCAACAAUGGAGGCCAGUGGCUGGUCUCAGGAGGAGAUGACCGCCGAGUUCUGCUAUGGCACAUGGAACAAGCUAUCCAUUCCAGGGUCAAGCCCAUACAGCUGAAGGGAGAACACCAUUCCAACAUUUUCUGCCUGGCUUUCAACAGUGGGAACACCAAAGUCUUCUCUGGAGGGAAUGAUGAGCAAGUUAUCCUCCAUGAUGUUGAAAGCAGUGAGACCCUGGAUGUGUUUGCUCAUGAAGAUGCAGUGUAUGGCUUGUCAGUGAGCCCAGUGAAUGACAACAUUUUUGCCAGCUCUUCAGAUGAUGGCCGGGUUCUCAUUUGGGACAUCCGGGAGUCUCCGCAUGGAGAGCCCUUCUGCCUGGCAAACUAUCCAUCAGCCUUUCACAGUGUCAUGUUUAACCCCGUGGAGCCCAGGUUAUUGGCCACAGCCAAUUCAAAGGAAGGAGUGGGACUAUGGGACAUUAGAAAACCUCAGAGUUCCCUCCUGCGCUAUGGUGGCAACCUCUCUCUCCAAAGUGCCAUGAGUGUGCGAUUCAACAGCAAUGGGACCCAGCUCCUGGCCCUGCGGCGGCGCCUGCCCCCUGUGCUCUAUGACAUCCACUCCCGCCUGCCCGUGUUCCAGUUUGACAAUCAGGGUUACUUCAACUCAUGCACUAUGAAGAGCUGCUGUUUUGCAGGGGAUCGUGACCAGUAUAUCCUCUCAGGCUCUGAUGACUUCAACCUGUACAUGUGGAAGAUUCCUGCAGAUCCAGAAGCAGGUGGCAUUGGCAGGGUGGUCAAUGGAGCCUUCAUGGUGCUGAAAGGGCAUCGGUCCAUUGUUAACCAGGUCCGGUUUAACCCCCACACGUACAUGAUCUGCUCUUCUGGUGUAGAAAAGAUUAUCAAGAUCUGGAGCCCAUACAAGCAGCCAGGAUGUACAGGAGACCUCGACGGGCGGAUUGAAGAUGAUUCCCGCUGCCUCUACACCCAUGAAGAGUAUAUCAGCCUUGUAUUGAACAGUGGGAGUGGCCUGUCCCACGACUACGCUAACCAGUCUGUCCAAGAAGACCCCCGGAUGAUGGCUUUCUUUGACUCUUUGGUGCGCCGUGAGAUCGAGGGCUGGAGCUCUGACUCGGACAGUGACCUCAGCGAGAGCACCAUCCUACAGCUGCAUGCGGGGGUCAGUGAGCGCUCGGGCUACACUGACUCAGAAUCCUCAGCCUCACUGCCCCGCUCCCCACCUCCCACAGUAGAUGAGACUGCGGAUAACGCCUUCCAUCUGGGGCCCCUGCGUGUCACUGCCACAAAUGCAGUGGUGUCAACCCCAGCAACGCCCACCUGUGAGGAUGCAGCCUCUCGCCAGCAGCGCCUGUCUGCUCUGCGACGCUACCAGGACAAGCGCCUCCUGGCCCUGUCCAAUGAGUCUGAUUCUGAAGAGAAUGCCUGUGAGGCUGAACUGGACACAGAUCUCUUCCCUCGGCCAAGGUCGCCCAGCCCGGAGGAUGGAUCCAGCAGUUCCAGCAGUUCCAGCAGCUCGGAGGAAGAAGAGGAACUGAACCAACGCCGAGCCAACACCCGGCAGCGAAACGCCAUGCGGAGGCGACAAAAGAUGGCCCGGGAAGAGCGGCCCAAUGCUCCAGUCAAGCCCACCAACACCUACAUUGGAGAGGACAAUUACGACUACCCUCAGAUCAAAGUGGAUGACCUCUCCUCCUCCCCAAACUCCUCCCCUGAGCGGAGUGCUUCCAAUCUGGAUCUGGAUCUCCAACCGAGCCGGGCACCAGCAACUGCCAACAUGGAAUCAGUAGAGCGUAAGAUUUAUAAAGCUUACAAAUGGCUCCGUUACUCCUAUAUCUCUUACUCAAGUAACAAAGAUGGAGAGACCUCCUUAGUGGCAGAGGAGACAGAUGAAGGGAGGGCAGGAACCAGCCCCACAGACAGCCCAACCCCUUCUUCUAGUAAGGAAGCCUGCCCAGCCCAGAGAGACCAGGACCUGCCCCCGGAAGGCUGCAGCAAAGAUGCUUGUAAAGAAGAGACUUCCGCCAGAAACCCUAGCAGUGGCGCGAGCCGUGAGCACGGUAGCCAUCCUUGGGCAGAGGUGCCAGAGGGCACCUCUCAGGACACUAACAACAGCGGCCCUCUAGAACACUCUUUUGAAACCAAGAAGCUCAAUGGCAAGGCCCUGAGCAAGGCCCUGAGCAGCCGGGCUGAGGAGCCACCCUCUCCUGUCCCCAAGGCAUCUGGUUCCACUCUCCACAGUGCGCCUGGCAACUGUCCCAGGACCCAGUCUGAUGACAGUGAGGAGAGGGGCCUUGACACCCUCUGUGCCAACCACAACAAUGGACACCUGCACCCCCGGCCCCCUCACCCCCACAAUAAUGGGCAGAACUCUGGGGAGCUGGAGACAGUAGGCUACUCUUCCCCGGGACACCCGGACACUGACCAUGAUAACCCACCCCUGACAGGGGUGCUUCUGCACAAAGAUUGUUGUGGGUCUGAAAUGGCCUGUGAGACCCCCAGUGCUGGAAUGAGAGAAGACCCCACUGACCCCUCAGCCAUGGACAGCAGCAAGGUUGUUCAUGGCCACAGUGGCCUCAAAAGGCACCGAAUUGAAUUGGAAGACACAGAUUCAGAGAAUUCCUCCUCAGAGAAGAAACUAAAAACAUGAUAAAUACAAAGGGAAAACAAAAAGCUACAAAAAGUAGCCUUACAAAGUAAUUUUUUCUUGUUUAGUGAACACAGAGGAAAGGAAAAAGUAUUAAAGGCGCAUAAAACCAGGGCCUGAAGCGUGUCUGCUGCUGCUCCCUCUGUUACCACUUCCAGUGGGUCAGAAUGUCUAGCUGGCACUGCCUGGUGCUCUGCUGAGCGGGGGAGACUCCUAACGGCUCUCUUCUAGUGAGAUGCGAGCAUAGCAUUCCUGUGCAGGCUCUGUGACAGUGACCCUGUCUUGGGACAUUUGGCUUGUUCUUGUGUGUAUGUUCCCACUGGCACAUGUGGGCUUGUUGUCUUCUGAGGCCUUUCUUUAUCUGUCCAUCAGCAAAGCCCUGUGGGUCUGUAGAGUUUACCAUCUCACCUGUUCAUUGUUCACAUGACAUAGGUGUUCUGGUCUUAACAAAGAGUGUCCCUAGAUCAGACCGUGCUGCCAUGAGUUGUAGAUUUACGCUAGCAGAAAGGAGAGGCCUGCCUUCAGCCUGGCUCUGCUGAAGAGGAAAACAUGGCUCCUCUUUAAAUGGUCCAUGUUUUCUCCAGCUAACACAUCCUUGAGCAUUUACUGUGACUCUAAGUGGAGCAUUGUUCCUGCUAAGAAGAGGUUGACACUUGAGCUCAGAUCCCCAUAGUGUCACUGCAGAAGGGGCAGAGCUACACUCGAUGUGUGAGGUCCAUAACAGUAGCUAGUGAACAACACACUUUAUCCACUUGUGUGCUGGCUCCUAAGAGGCACUCAAGGCCAGCAGGUGCUUCCUUGGCUCCACGUAAUGGAGUUCAGGCAUACUGGAAGAAGAAAGGACCCCUUGGGAGAGCUUUUUACCCAAACUAAUAAAAUGGCUGGUAGAGGGAUGUUAACAAGUUGUAGUGCAGAGCAGAAUGUGGUACUUACUGUAUCCAGUGCCAGUCCAUCAGUCAGAAUGUGGUAUUGUAUCCACUGCCUGUCAGAAUUGGCAGGCCUAGCAUCUUCCUUGGGCUUGGAGCUGUCAGAGGUGGUGGGGUUCCACCUGAACUUUACAGAGUAGUGGGCAUAUGGAGAGACAAGUCUCUGGUUUAUCUCCUGACUCCCUGAAGACACUGUUCUGUUGAAGUAGGUAACAAUGGAGAGAAGAAAAUAUCAAAUUUCCAGUUUAUAUUGGUGAUGGUAGUCCCUGAGUUGUCAAUGAAGGGUUGUGCAAGAUAGGACCUAAGGAUGCCCAGAUGUCCUGUUGGUGUAGAUGUUGGUGUAGCAGGGGGAAGAAAGAACAGUGGAACUUUAGAUGCAAAGGUGCUAGACAGCUGGAGCCUGGCUGGAGCUGGCAGAGGGAGGACAGCACCAGGCGACUGUGGCCUCACUGACGCAUCCAGUGUUCCUUUCAGAGGAGGACCUGUCCCGCUGGGAUGGAGCCAAGAGAAGAGCACUUGUGGAAGCUGAGGAGUGGAUGCUGUUCAGUGCUGGGAGCCAGGGUGCUUAUAAAAGGAAGGCAGUUGGUAAGAGCUAGGAGGAUAGAGCAUCUUGCUGAGCUUUGCGGAAGGAAGAUGUGCUUAGUUUAGUAUCUGGUGAUGUGGCUGAGGUGUGAAAGCACAGUUUGGGAAGGAGAGGAAGGCGCCUGAGUGGGGAUGCAUACAGUCAGCAGCUGGACUCAUCCUGGGGAGCGGGACAGCAAUUCUGUAACCAACAUUAGAAUUUCUUUAGAUUUGUAAUUAAAAUGGUUCUAUGAUUUAUCUUUUGACUAUUCACAGAUAAUUGUAAAUUCUGGUUUUAUAAGCCCAAGUCAUUUUACAUUUGCUUUUCCAAAAUUAUUAAAUUGGAAUUUUUAAUCCUUUAUAUACAAAAAAAGUUAUAACCACUCAGUGUGUGUCUCUCUUCCCCUUAGUCAGCAUACCUGAUUCUUCUGUUCCAUUUUACCUUAAUCUAAUCAGAUAGAUUCACACCCCGCAUUCUUCCUGGAGGAAAAAGAAAGCAAAAUUAGCUAUUGAUAAUUAGUUUCCAAGAGCCAAGGGUGGUCUUUCAUGUAAAAGCUGUCUAUCUCAUUUGGGUAUUCAAAACAUUCAAAAGUCAGAGUUCACCUAGUUCAUAGCUGUAGACGCUGAAAAAGGUCAUCCUUUGAGGGAUAUGUUCCAUCCUUGGGAGAGACUUCCAGCACCAUAGGUUGAGUUCUCAAGAGAUGGGCCCUGAAAUAGCCACCAGAACAAGAGAAAGAGGGAUACUUCUUUUAGCCACUCCACACUCAUUUCCAGAGGUCUUGCGUUGUAUGAUCCUGAUACUGAAAGCCUGAUGGGAACCACUUCGAAGAUCCCUUUGCCUGGACCAUUGUAGAAUCCAGGCCUCCCAUGUUGAAGACAUAUUUAAUCCCCAGAUUCUUCCAUGAUGGAUGUUUUUCCUAGCAAGAGAGGGCACUGAUCAGGCUAAGAACUCCUGGAAGUGCCUCUUAAGGAUUUUUUUCUGCAUCCUGUAUAUAAUGUUUUAAGCAGCAGGUCCAGGUAUGUGAAACUGUUUCUCUUCCCUUUAUUUCCCACUUGGUUUUGUAAAUGAUUCUCAACCGAUAAAUGAGUUCAUUGAGUUGUUAGCUUGAGGCAAAAGAAGUUUGUGCUGAUUUACUAGGAGUCUCGUGUUGUCUGUCAAGGUGCCUUCCUCUGCUGAAGCCUUACCUCCUCAAAGCCCUGCCUCUUCUCACCCAGCAACGCUGACUCUUCUCUGUGUAUAUGCAAAUAAACCUAUUAAUCACUUC